AUGAGGGCGAUCGCGGCCGGACUGACAACCCUUCCUCCUGCACCCUCUUCUGGCUGCUCGCCGUACCCUGGCGAGACGCAGCCCGUGCUCCAGCACGCUCUGACGCACAUCGCCGUCAACUACGACCCAAAGAAGAGGCAAGCCCACUUCCACAAGUGGAUCAAUGAGCAGAUCCAACUCGGAAACGACAGGGUCAAGUCGCUCCUCAACGACCACCACGAGGCGAUCCCCAUCGACAAGGCCUAUGGCAUGCACGAUGUUUCCAGCCAUCUCAACUUCGGUUUUGGCAAGCUCGGUGACCUUGUCUCGCAUGACUCAAGCAAUCCGGACCAUGCCGCCUUCAACUUCGACGACUUCUUCAAGACCCACGACGGCGAGGAGGACGGCAGCGGCGAGAAUGUCGACCAGGUCCUCAACCGCAUGCUGGGACCCAAGGGAUGGGGCAUCCAGGACCAGAGGAUGCUCAGGCUGGCCACCUCGCAGAAGUCUUCCUCUUGGUCUUCGUCUUGGUCGUCGUCGAGCAAGUCGUCGUGGAGCUCUUCCUCGAAGAGCUCGGACAACUCCGAGACCAAGGAGUGCACCGAGAGCUCCCAGCAAGAAGCGGCCAGCUUCGCAUCCGUCUUCCUCAACAUGGGCAGCCAAUUUGGCGCUCGUUGA